UCGACUGCAGCUGCCUUCUUGCUGCUGUCUCUGUUUGGCCAUACCGCAAGCAUUGCUUUGGAGGAGCAUACACGGCGCCGGCGAGCAACUUGGCAUCUGAUCUGGCCGGACGGCGGCGGAUCAGUCUCGACGACAGCGCAUCGGAUCUGUUUCAUCAGCAGCUGCCUUGAGCAGGCCGCGUCAACGAUCCGCAGCACCACCGCCCACCAACACCACCCCGCCUUCCACGAGCACACCACCGCCGCUGCACCGCCGGCCUGUGGACGUCUACCAUGGCGUCCUGGUUUAAAGUCAAAGCUCUGUACGAGUUCGAGGCGAAAGAGGAAGACGAUCUGGGCUUCGACGGUGGCCAGAUUAUUGAUGUCACGGAGGAGAUUGAUGCGAACUGGCUGGAGGGCAAGUACACCGAUGCAAGUGGCGAGAGCAAGUCUGGUAUAUUUCCGCGCGAGUUCGUGGAAAAGUAUGAGCCUCCGGUGCCUAGUCGUCCUACGCGACCUGCCCGCCCCAAGCAGGAGCCAGUACCUGAACCAGUGCCCGAGCCUGUAGAGGAUACACCAGCUUCAGACCCAAUUGAGGAUGCCCGCGAUGUCCCUGCUGUACCAGCAGUAACCAAGCCCCCUCUUCCACCAGUUGACACGACGCCAGCGUUGCCUCCACGGGAGGAAGUCCGCUCGCCCCCCGCCAACGUCAAAUCACCUACCCUGCCGAGUGAGCCCCCAGCAGCACCGAAGCCUACUCCGGCAGAACCAGCAGCUCCUGCUGCGAAGAAGCCGCCUCCUCCGAUUGCCGCGAAAUCCAAUGCCUUCCGGGACCGAAUUGCUGCCUUCAAUGCUCCAGCAGCUGCUCCCAUCGCGCCCAUGGUCCCUGGAGGACCUAGAUCUGGUGCCAACACUUUUAUAAAGAAGCCGUUCGUCGCACCACCUCCUAUGGCAAAUUCCUACGUGCCACCACCAGUCAAGGCUGAGCCUGUUCACAAGCCCUACAUUCGCGAGGAAGAUCCUGAGAUCAAAAGGAGACGUGAAGAAGACCAGGCUGCUGCUGAGGCGGCAGGCUUCUCAGUGGAUGCGUCUGGCGAACAACAGGAUGAUGCCGAAGACGUACCAAAACCUCAAACACUGAAGGAGCGGAUUGCCUUGCUGCAGCAACAGCAGCUUGAGCAGGCACAACGGAGGGCAGAUGGUGGUCAGAAGAAAGAGAAGAAAGCCGCGCCAAGACAGGCUUCGGAGUCUUCUGAGCAUGGCCAAUUGCCAGAACCUGACGCAGACGCUGAUGAGUCCGAAGAUACCACGCCACAUCCCAGACAGUCACUUGAGGCACCGGCCGAGCGUCCGCGGGUUCCAUCUGCCCAACGCAAGCCCUCAGAGCCACUGUCUCCUGGACCUGUAGCUCCUGACUCGGAGCUUGUGAGCGAUGGAAAUGACGCAGACCAGUCUGCUGCAGGUGAAACUACAGAAGAUGACGCAGGCACAAUCGGACCAGAAGAUAGCGAUGAGACAAGCGCGCCACGCCCGCUGCAACGUAGUCCCACCGUGUCAAAACGAGACCCAGCCGCCAAUGAAGAGAACGACACUACUGAAGACGCCGAAGAUGACGAAGACUCCAUGGACGAGGAGACCCGGAAGCGCAUGGAGAUCAGAGAACGUAUGGCCAAGAUGAGUGGGGGUAUGGGAAUGCCAGGCAUGUUUGGAGCAAUGCCAUUACCCGGUGCGGCCCCCAUCAAAAAACGAAAGGAGAAGAAACCAAGUGAUGAGGCACCUCCUACAUCCCCACCUCCACAGCAAAGAGUUCCAAUGAUCCCCGUCCCUGGCCUACAACGAGUGCAGAGCCCAGAGUCCGCAACUUCUCAGCACGACGAACGCUUUACCCCAGCUCAUGGUGACGAUGAACAUGAAUCAGUGCCUCCUCCGCGCAGAUCCACUGGCGAAGAUCGCGGCCCUCCACCGCCGAUCCCCACAGAGUCUCGUCCUCCACAGGAACGAGGAGCGCCACCUCCAGUGCCUGGUUCUCAGCCCAGCCGCGCUUCGACGAUAGAAUCGCGCCCCGUGCCACCGCCGCCGCCGCCACACGCCAAUCCCCUGUCUCCAGGCACCGGCUCCGAAUCAGACGACGAAGCCUCGGUGCGCAAUCUUGGAUCGACGGCUGCGACACCUGGCGCUGAGACACCCGGGGUGCCUACACGCAAUAUGUCGGUACGAAGUCCGCCGCCGGUCCCAGGAUCUGAGACUGCCAAAUCGCCAGAAGGUCGACGCGCUUCUUACUUCUCAGUCGACUCUCAAACCGCGACUUCCGACAAGCGAGCAAGCAGAGCGCCGCCCCCAGUUCCUGGAAGUCCAAUCACAUCGCCUCGUGCUCCGCCGCCUCCUCCACCACAAGCUGUAAGCCAUACCACUGACUUGCAAGCUGGAGAUCAUGAGCGAGAGAGCGAAUAUGAGGGAGAUUACGACACCGACAUCGCGUCCAGUGCCAAACACAAAGACGCUUUAAAAGCUGGUACACACGUGAGAGAACCGAGCUUGGACGACAACACUGAUAUUCAAUCUCCACCGCCUCCACCGCACGGCACUGCGCCAAGAUCUGUUCCUCCACCUCCUCCUGCGCACGCAACAAGACCUUCCAUGGACGCGCCCAGAGCGCCGCCGCCUGUGCCUCCUGCAGCACCUCGUGAUCCCGUACCUGGUGAUGAUGAUUACGAUCCUUUCCGCUAUGAUAGCACUCGCGGUCCACCUCCUCCUCCGGUUCCCAGCACAAUUCCCAUGGCCGCACCUCCCGCACCUCCUCCGAGACAACCGGAGCCUGAGAGCUCUGCAGAUGAUGCAGACGAAUUGUAUUCUGUAACUCCGCCCAAGCGGUCCUUCGAGGAUCCCUCCCGCAUUGCUCCUGCGCCUCCGGCAGCGCAGCCUCCACCGCCCAUCCGGGCACCCCCACGAGAGUCUGUUGACCAACACAGAUCGAACGUGGCAAUACGAAGAUCAAUGGACCAGCCGAGACCAUCCAUGGAUAAUGGCCACAUCGCCCAGGACAUUGAUAUGGCUGAGUCGACAACAUGGUGGACUGCGCCGCAAGCUUUACCGCCGUCAUUGCAGAACAGGCAAGGCGUGGACAUCUUGUCUGAAUCCGAAGAGACUACUGCUUCGAAGCGUGGCGGCCGCAAGGAGGUCACCAAAGAAAUUUACGUUCUCUAUAUUGAUUACAGUCAGACCAUCAUCACGGUACGCUUCGAUGCCAGCAAUCCUAUGGAUGCACAAAUUGAGCAGCAGCAUCGCCCUCCUCCAGCGAAGCUCCGCCAGGAGCAGCUCGAAGCAUACUGGCAACGCUUUGGUCGCAACAUCUCGGAAUCUGUGAACGCUCUGGGACAUGCGAAAAAGGAUACUUCAGUUGGCAACGGCUCUCCUGCUGCGCUCCCUGCUGAGCUUAUCAAGAGUAUUCCCAAAGCCCUUCAGCCAGUUGGCAAUCGAGCCUACGGCGCUCUGGUAUACGCCAACCUCGCAAAUGCUUCAACACAGCAAUUCGACGAGAUUCGACCUGGUGACAUUGUGACGCUAAGGAAUACUCGAUUUGAGGGCACGCAUGGCGCAGUGAAGCACAAAUAUAAGCAAGAAUACGGGAGUAUGCACGUCGCGAUUGUGGAAGAGUGGGACGGCACACGGAGAGCCAUUCGAGGUUGGGAACAGGGGCGUGAGAAGCAAAAGGUCCGAAGUGAGAAGUUCAGACUUGGCGAUUUGAGGAGUGGUGAGGUCAAGGUCUGGAGAGUUGUUGGGAGAGACUGGGUAGAGUGGGAGACUAGCCAGUGAUUCUGACGUGAUGUGAUGUGAAGACGAGUGGUGGCUUAAUGCAGAUGUUAUGAAGGUAUGGGGGUAGCGCAAAAGGGGUUGUUAUGUCCAUACACGUGAAGCGCAUAGAAAUGCAUAUAAGGAUGGCGAGAGUUCAUCGCUUCUGACCAUCUCGCAUACGUUCCCCUGUCUGACCUCCCUCUGUGCAGUUAUGUUUGUUCUAGACUCGUAGAUUAGAGCAAUGU